AAUGAUUCUUCUCCUGUUCCUACUUUUAUUUUGUUCCGGAGUGAAAUCAUUUUCGAAAAUUACUCAAUGUGAUUCCUCACCUCUGUGUCGUUGCGUAGUUAAUGAGAAGGGUCUCAUUCAAAGAGCAAUUUGCGGAAGUAUUAAUGGAUAUUUGCCUCGUCUCCCAAAAACACCAUACGUUCUUCCUUUAGUUUCUUUUGCAUAUGCUGACUUGAGUCAUCUUCCAGCCUAUGCCUUUGACGGUGACAAAGUACAAUCGUUGGAUUUGCAAGGUAACUCAUUUGAAAUUGGUUUGAAUAUUCUAGCAUUUCAAACAAAAACAACAAAUUUUCUACAAACACUUAAUUUGGAAUGGUGUAAAAUACGGCAACUUCGACAUCAAAUAUUUAAGGGAUUAUACAAUUUGAAAAAUUUAUCCUUAAGUGAUAAUUCAUUGAAUAUAUUACCAGGUGGAUUAUUUAAGGAUUUGAGGAAUUUGGAAAGCUUAAAGCUAUCUGGAAAUCCUAUAUGGAUAAUCCGUCCUAAUUUAUUUCUUCCCUUAGAGUCUUUAAUACAUUUAGAUAUUGGAUACUGUGCAAUAAAAUCAAUAGAAAAGGAUUGGUUUAAAACCAUGAAAUACUUAAAGCAUCUGGAUCUAAGAGGAAAUCGCAUUAAAAACAUACAGCCUUUUAUUUUUGAUCAAUUGUCACAAUUGGAAAAAUUAUACUUGGGUCAUAAUUCAUUUUUUCGACUUCAGAAAAGGGCUUUAUCUAAUCUUAGGAAUCUUACUGUUUUGUCAGUUCACGAAGGCUCCUUAGCACUUUUAGACGUUGGAGCAAUGGAUGACUUAAUUAAUCUAAAAUUUCUCGACUUAUCAGAUAAUAACAUUGAGCACAUUCAGGCAGGAGCUGCGGAUGUUCCAUCAAUUGAAAGACUAAACUUAGACGGUAAUUAUUUACGAACAUUACCAUUGGAUAUUAAUAAGAUGAAAAAUUUGAAAUACUUGGACGUCUCUUAUAACCGUUUGGAGACAUUUUCAUUCUGUUUAUUUAAAAGAAUAAAAGAACUAAAGUUUUUAAACCUUAGAGAAAAUCCAUGGAAUUGCAGGUGCAAAUUUUUGUAUGUUGUUGACAAUUUACGAACAAAAGUCAAUUCUCUAUGGCCUAAAGAGGAAAGACACCCUGGCAAAUGGAGUUUUAUACCCGGAAGAUGUGAGAAACCACCUAAAGCUAAGGGAAAAUUCUUAAUUGAUUACCUACACGAACCGAACGUUAAUUGCACUUUAGAAAACAUGGUCUCCCGUUGUUUCUUCCAGGUUUAG